AUGACCGCCCUGAUAAAGAUGGCUUUACAGAAGCUAUGUGCUCUGCUGGUUGCCAUGGCGCUGCUGGUACUGACAGUGAUGGCUGCUGAAGGCGGUAAAGCAGACAAACCAGGGAAGAAGGAGCGCAGAUCUGACUGUGGAGAGUGGCAGUGGAGCGUGUGUGUGGCCAAUGAGGGCGACUGUGGACUGGGCACCAGAGAGGGCACCCGCACAGGAACCGACUGCAAACAGACCAUCAAGACCCAGCGCUGCAAGAUCCCCUGCAACUGGAAGAAGAAGUUUGGAGGGGAAUGCAAGUACGAGUUUAACGCGUGGGGGGAGUGUGAUCUGGCAACGGGAAAGAAGAACAGAACAGGGGUGCUCAAGAAGGCGCUUUUGGAUGCGACCUGUGCUGCUACCGUUACAGCCACCAAGCCUUGCGGGAAAAUCCCCAAAACCAAGCUGCAAGAUGCCAAGAAGCAGAAGAAGGAGGGCAAGAAGCGAGACCGCACUCAAAUGGACUAA